GGCAUAUCAUGAGAGACUGUCAAGAUCGAGAUAAAGAAAGUAAUCAAACUGAUAUGAAUAUGAAGUUUAAAAAUAUAGACAUAUGGAUAGUAGAGUUUAUAAAGAUAAAUCCUGAAUUAGCUAACAAAUAUCUAAAGGUAGAGCUAUUGAACACUGAUGAACAAUACAAUAUGAGGCCUAUUGGUAAAGGAAAAGAGGCAACAAAGUAG